GUGGAUUUACAUACCCUGAUUUCCGUGGGACUGGGAAGCGAAAGAGGAGGGUGGUGAGCAUUUCAGGAACUGAGGAAACAGCCGCAAGCAGCGUAAUUUAACAAAUGUACAACUUUUAGCCCCGUCGUUGGUCCUCUCCCGCCUCCAAACCUCCGUCGGAAUAAGCGUUUACGUUACUUUUCUCCGCUUCUCUUGGCUCUCAGCGGCUCCCUCACUGGAUUAUUUCUCUAGUCUGGAGGAGGACUGGGAGGUUUUCGGAGAAGUCUGGAAGCAGCUUGAGCUGAACCCGGUUUGAAGGGCUGUGGCCAUGGCCGGGGGUGGUGGUGGUGGGGUUUCUCCGUUGGGGCCCGCGCCGCCGAUGUGGUAUCACCGGGACCUGAGUCGAGCGGCGGCCGAGGAGCUGCUGGCCCGGGCCGGGAGAGACGGCAGCUUCCUGGUGCGGGACAGUGAGAGUGUCAACGGGGCUUACGCUUUAUGCGUACUGUUUCAGAAGCAUGUCCACACUUACAGAAUCCUCCCAGAUGACGAAGGAUUUCUGGCAGUACAGACAUCUCAGGGCGUGCAGCCUAAGCGGUUUAAGACGUUGCCAGAGUUGGUGUCGUUGUACCUGCAGCCCAGCCAGGGUCUGGUGACCACGCUGCUUUAUGCUGUGGACAGAGAGGAAACGGUCAUCAGCGAUGACAGGGACUAUUCAGAUGGGGAGGAUGAGAAGCCACCCCUCCCACCUCGCUCUGCCUCUGCCUCCACUCCACCUGGAGCAGACACACCCACAGACAGUGCUCCAGCAGCUAAUGGCCUGAGCACCAUCUCACAUGAGUACCUGAAGGGUAGCUAUGCUCUGGACCUUGAGGCAGUCAAACAGGGAGCCUGCUCCCUGCCUCACCUCAACAAGACACUAGUGGCCUCCUGCAAACGCCUUAAUGGGGAGGUGGAUAAGGUUCUGUCUGGUCUGGAGAUCCUGUCGAAAGUCUUUGAUCAGCAGAGUGCUUUCAUGGUCUCCAAGAUGAUCCAACAGUCAGUGAAUCAAGGUGGAGACCAGGAGUUGGAGAACCUUGUGACCAAGCUGGCAAUUCUCAAAGACCUGCUGUCCUCCAUCGAGAAGAAGGCUCUGAAAGCUCUCCAGGACAUGAGUUUGUCCUCUCCAUGCUCCCCUCCUCCUCUCUCCAUGCGUCACAGCAAAGCCAUCCCUGUGCAGGCCUUCGAGGUAAAGCUGGAUGUUUACCUGGCAGAGCUGACAAAGAUAGGAAAGAGUCAGAAGUACACUCUGUCUGUGGAUGUGGAGGGAGGACGACUGGUAGUGAUGAAGAAGGUGAAGGACAGCCAAGAGGACUGGACCACCUUCACACACGACAAAAUCCGUCAGCUGAUAAAGUCUCAGCGGGUGCAGAAUAAACUGGGCAUUGUUUUUGAAAAGGAGAAGGACAAGAGCCAGAGGAAAGACUUCAUCUUUGCUAGUGCCAAGAAGCGGGAGGCAUUUUGCCAGCUGCUGCAGCUGAUGAAGAACAAACAUUCCAACCAAGACGAGCCAGACAUGAUCUCCAUCUUCAUAGGCACCUGGAAUAUGGGCUCAGUGCCUUCGCCAAAGUCUGUGGCCUCAUGGGUGCUGUGUCGCGGCCUCGGGAAGACUCUGGACGAGAUGACGGUCACCAUCCCUCAUGACCUUUAUGUGUUUGGAAGCCAAGAAAACUCUGUGUGUGAUCGGGAGUGGGUGGAGACGCUACGCGCCAUGUUGAAAGAACAGACAGAACUGGAUUAUAAGCCGAUCGCAGUGCAAACUCUGUGGAACAUAAAGAUUGCUGUGUUGGUGAAACCGGAACACGAGAACCGGAUCAGCCACGUGGGGAUGUCCAGUGUCAAGACAGGCAUUGCCAACACACUGGGUAACAAAGGAGCCGUGGGUGUGUCCUUCAUGUUCAACGGAACAUCUUUCGGCUUUGUGAACUGUCACUUGACAUCAGGGAAUGAGAAGAUUGCCAGGAGGAACCAGAAUUACCUAGACAUCCUACGCCUGCUCUCCCUAGGAGACAAACAGCUGAGCUCCUUCGACAUCUCGCUGCGCUUCACACACCUCUUCUGGCUGGGAGACCUCAACUACAGGCUGGAUAUGGACAUACAGGAGAUUUUAAACUACAUAAACAGGAAGGAGUUUGACCCCCUGCUGAAGGUGGACCAGCUCAACCUGGAGAGGGAGAAGAACAAAGUGUUUUUACGCUUUGCGGAGGAGGAGAUCUCGUUCCCGCCCACGUACCGGUAUGAACGUGGCUCAAGGGACACAUAUGUCUGGCAGAAGCAGAAAGCUACAGGGAUGAGGACUAAUGUUCCAUCCUGGUGUGACAGGAUCCUGUGGAAGUCAUACCCAGAAACACACAUUGUCUGCAACUCCUAUGGUUGUACAGAUGAUAUAGUGACCAGUGAUCAUUCCCCUGUGUUUGCUACCUUCGAGGUGGGCGUGACCUCUCAGUUUGUCUCCAAGAAAGGUCUGCCAAAGUCUUCAGAGCAGGCCUACAUUGAGUUUGAGAGCAUUGAGGCCAUAGUGAAGACGGCGAGCAGAACCAAGUUCUUCAUCGAAUUCUACUCCACUUGUCUGGAAGAGUUUAAGAAGAGUUACGAGAACGACAGUCAGAGCAGCGACAACGUCAACUUCCUGCGUGUGGGCUGGUCCAACAAGCAGCUAACGACGCUCAAACCUCUUCUCUCAGAGAUCGAGUACCUGCAGGACCAACAUCUGCUGCUCACAGUGAAAUCCCUGGAUGGAUACGAGUCCUACGGAGAAUGUGUGUUGGCUCUGAAAUCUAUGAUUGGCAGCACAGCACAGCAGUUCCACACCUACCUGUCCCACCGUGGCGAGGAAACAGGAAACAUCAGGGGGUCCAUGAGGGUCAGAGUCCCUUCUGAGAGAAUGGGAACCAGGGAGAGACUCUACGAGUGGAUCAGUGUGGACAAGGAUGAGACAGGCGGACCUAAAGGGAAAUCCACUAUGGUAUCCAGAGUGGGACAUGAAUACGUCAAGCCGUCUGUGGUUCGUAAACAGCUCGGAGAGCUGGGCAAGGUUAGCGAGGAGGGAGAAAGGAGCAGCAAGGAGGAAACGGCCGCAAGGCCUAAACAGGACGCACCGGAAGCUGAUCCAUCAUCCAUCAGCAAGAACAGCUACAAUAACCCGGCCUACUACAUCCUGGAGGGAGUUCCCAAUCAGUCAGCAGCUGCCCUCUCACCUGAGCUGCUCCCAUCUCCUACCUCCGCAAAUCCCCAGGUAGCUAAAGCCCCUCCGCCCUCAGCCGGAGCUCGAACCAAACCCCCCUAUGUUGGCUCAGGGCACUCUCACCCACGCAGACCCAUGACGGGGCUACCGGUCCGUGCUAUUAGUGAGGAGGGCUCCUCAGAGGACGAUGGAGGCGCUUGUGUAACAGGAGCGCAGGGGGGUGGUGUCGGGGCAACAGUUGGAAGCACACUGAAUCGACCACCUCCCGACUUCCCCCCUCCUCCUCUCCCUAAGGGCGCCCUGGAGAUGGUUGCAGAGGUCCCCUUCCCCAAACUUCGCCCUCUUUACCCAGACUUAGCUGAGGUCAGGAUCCCAGCAGCCAGUCCCGCUGCCCCGCUGGCCCUCGGAGAGGGAUUUAGACGAGGAGGAGGAGGAGGAGGAGGCGGCGGAGGAGGAGGAGGAGGAGGAGGAGGAGGAGUUGGAACGGGUGCUUUGGAUGACCAGUCGUGUUCUGUGCUCCAGAUGGCAAAGACUCUGAGCGAGAGCGAGUUCCCUGGGCAGCCUCCGCGCGCUCCCUCUGCGCCACCGCCCCUCAGAGGGCAGCCGGUGGGUUUAGGUCUGGACGCCUGUCGGACCUUCCCGCCCAGAAACCCCAUCACAGAGAGUAUCGCAGAGGACAUGCCUGAGGAGGCACUUUGGGGCAGCAGCAGCUCAUCGUUGUCGGUUGGGGAGUCUUCAGUGGGGGAGUGGCUGCAGAGACUGGGACUGGAGAGGUAUGAGCAGGGUCUCCUACACAACGGCUGGGAUGACCUGGAGUUCCUCAGUGACAUUACCGAGGAGGACCUGGAGGAGGCGGGAGUGCUCGACCCUACGCACAAGCGAAUCCUGCUGGAGAGUCUCAGGCAGCAGCAACAGCAGCAACAGAAAUAAACUGUCUCGAACUGGUCUGUGACUGGUCCAAACCGGCCUGAUGCCUCACCAGGUCCCAAGAGGCCAAAUCUCAGCUGAACUGAACUGAACUGAGCUGGAGCGUGCCAAUUGAUGCCAGACUGUGCCUUCUGAGAGAAAUUGCACUCCUUUUGUACUUUUCAAAAAAAAAAACCCAACACUUGUUGAACCACCAUACUUUUUCACAUGUACUGUAUGUGUGUUGUCAUUGUAGAGGUGGCCUUAUUUAAUGAGAAUCAUUUCAGUCCUUCAGGCAUCACUACUUAACCCUCUGCUUGAAACCUAGUGAGAAGAUACAGGAUGAGCUAGCAUUAAAAGCUUGUUGUCCUUUGUUUGUCCUCAGAGGCCUUAACUGAGGAGAGACAGUGUUUAAGACUCCUCAGAAAUUACAGACUUUUUGAAGUUUAAAGCAAAAUAAGAAGAGGGCUUUUUGUGGGGAACCAGAGCCUUGAAAACACGCUGCCCGUGUCUUUUAACAACGUUUUCUUCUCUGAGUCUCAGGUUUUUCCACACGAAGGGUCACAAUCGGCAAACUGUGUGGGAAUUGUUAGAGAGCAUUCAUGGGUAAUGUCAGCACAGAGCUGGGGCAGUGUAACCCCCUCGCUGGUGCAAUGCAGGCGGACAGGAAGUGGUGACAGGAGAGGAGCUAGCCCUGACUCUUGUCAGGCUAAAGUGAGCUUAACUCGCAUUUCUCAGAUUUUGUACUUAUGUGACAAAACUAGGGCCACUGUUGUUUAAAUAGUGGCAUUUAUUGUCUCAGUGUCUCUGCAUGUAUUUAUAGUUUUAUGUUUGUUUGUUUUUUAAUGAUAAAGGGAAUAUGGAGCAAACCAACCAAACCAGUCCUACUUGAGCUGAAAGUGCAUAUUUCACCUUGGUUCAGCAUUUAACUGAGAGCCCCUGAUGUGUGACAUAGUCGCAAUCAACCCUGAAAACAUCAUCUUUUCAUUGACAAAUGACACAUGCAGCAUACGGAUUCUUGGUGCAAUGGUUGGUUGAUACUUGGUUGAUUGGUGGAGAAAAUGAAGUAGGUAAAGCAAUAAAGUCACAAAUGUACAUGAGGCGAUAAUGAUGCACCAAAGUGAAAUAUCACUUGUCCCAGCACAUUUCUCAUUCUCACCCCCAUUUAUCUGUGAAGACAUUUCAUUUUCAAUUUACAGAUGAAGACAAAUCUCAUUUUAGCACCAUAAGACCCAGGUGUAAUAGGUCACAUCAUUUCAUUUUGAAUUGUGUAAAGGGAGCAAUGUGUUAGUUAACAUAGCCAAAUAGAUUAACCAAUGGUUAUUCUACUAAAGAUUUACACAGCUGUAUUGUCGUUGUUUCGGAGAAGCCAUUUAUUACCAAAACAUUUUUUCCCUGUUAUUAAUUCUAGAUUUGUCUCAUUUUGCUGAUUUUAUUUGGUGCUUUUGUUCUAUUGCUAGAAACAUGUCACCUCUCAUUAUACAUUAAAAACAGAAAAGUCAGGUUUCUGUGGGACACAGGUAGUUUGAGGACCGUUGUUGUUCCCUGAUGUAACCAGCAGGCGGUGCUGCUAUUCCAUAAACCUCAUCAGUAGAUGCUGUCUGUGGAAACUUUGGGGACAGUCGUGUUCAGUGAAAGGAGUUAUACUUUAUAGUUCUGCUAAAUGAUGUGUUUAUAUGUUGUACUUAAGCAGUGUUCUGUUAGCGUUCAGUCUGCCUUUCUUCAUUUGAAUCCUGCCUCUGACACUACAAGCUGAACCAAGAAGCCAGUGUUCAGUCGUUUCAAGAGAUGCUGACAUAGAUUCAUCUCAACACACCUUGCACCCUUUCUUUACCAAGGUGGAUCACACAAGACCGUUUUUCCAGUUAAGCACACAACUUGCUUUUGCUACUAAAAUAUAAUGUCAGAUAUUUUGCCAUGUCAGCAGCUCAUGAUGAGAAGGCCUCAAACGUAGAACUCUAAACUCUAAGUGAAUUACAGAAUUGGGACUAAAAGUCAUGAGAUCUUUUCAGAUGUGAUUGUAGCAGUUUCCUUUUUAUUUGUCAUGUCUGAGAAAGAUUCACCUUUUCCCCUCCUAAUUUUCUGUGUGAUUCAUUGUGUUGCUCCCAUGCAACCUUAGACUCGGCCACUCGGGUUACUGUACGUGUUGUGCAAUGUGUCUAACUUUCUAACAGCCAAACAACCAUAAUGCAGAAUGUGGAUGUGCUGUUCAUACACGUUAAAUCUAAUGUCUUUUUAAGCCUUUUUUGGCCUGUCAGUGUUCUCGGUUAUGUGUGUGUGUGUGUGUGUGUGUGUGUGUGUGUGUGUGUGUUUGUGUGCCUGUGCAUGAAUGAUAAAGAGACUUUGCCAUCGUUGUUUUCUCUGACACACUCCAUUUUAUCUUCAUGUAGUCUUCUCUUGUGGUUAUGUUAAAUUAAUGUAAGUUGUUCACCUGUGUCAUUUUUUUUUCAAUUAAAAUCUAAUAUCUUUC